GUCCUCCUCAAAUAGUAAAAAUUCUCGCGUCUAUAUAUACCAUACAUAUAUGCUACAUGAAUGCAUCCAAGGUGCAAUCCAACCACGACUCGGCUCGCAUUCAAGCAACAAUAGGAGCAAGUGCAAAAGCAAAGCAAGAGAUGGAGGCGGCUGGGUAUCGCUCCCGCGUCGUGGCUGAAGUCGACCCCCGCAGCGAAUGGGUUCACGGGGACGAGUUCGACACGCUCAUCGUCGACGUCUCAGGAUUCGCCAGGGACCAGCUCAAGGUCCAGGUAGAGCCGUUGGGGAGCCUCAAGAUCAGCGGCGAGCGCGCCCUCAACGGCGGCCGGCAGUGGUGUCACUUCCUGAAGCGGUUCGACCUCCCCGGCGCCUGCGACGCCGCGGCGAUCAAGGUCCAGCUCGACAAGGGAGUCCUCUACGUCCAGGUGCCCCGUUCCACCGACGACAGCCAAGAGGACGCGCUGCGAGAGGAGGACUGGAGCGGCGGCCACACGGCGGCGUGGCGUGCCGAUGAGCACCCGGCGCGGCGUCUGGCCAAGAGCCUGGGUGAGCACCGGUACGCCGUCUUGAACGUCGUGCUCGCCGUCGUGCUCCUCUGGCUCGUCGCGUUCGCCAACAGCAAGCAGAGCGGUGGGCAGAUCAAGAACGAAUGAGGCGAGCAACACGCAUGCACGCACAGCGCGGGGCAGUCCUACAGCACAGCAGAUCGAUGUAAUCAUUUAGUAGUACUUAUAUAUAGCUGAUAAAAGGGAAUAAGAACCCUGUAAACAGGCAGGAUUUGGAACGCGGGAUUGUUCAAAUUCAAGUCUCAAGAUAUCAAGCACUAUCGGAUAUAAAGACAUACUACUACUACUA